AUGAUUAAUUCGACAAAUAUUGAGCCGAUGUAUGACUUGAGGAGAGAACUCGUUAGUCUUGUCCGUGAUACGAAGAGGUUGUCGCAACUUAUCUUGAUCCUUGUUUCCACGGACAACAUUUCAUCUGAGGAGGAAGAGGCAGAUUUAAUGGCAGAAUGUGAUUUUCAAGAAAUGAUUGUAGAGGAACAAGGGCGAAUCGCUUUGUUUACCUAUUCACUUUCAUCCGACAAUCUUAUUGAAGGUCAGCAGGACGUACUAGCUUUGACAUUAAAAUGCAGGUUCAUCUUUACUACAGGUUUUCAUUGGCUUGUAAAGAAAAUGGAGAUGACAAGGUAUUUUCAAUUUCUUCGAUAUCAGAGUUAA